AAACGUUCUUGACAACAGAUCGAAAGCUUAAACUCGUAGCAGCUCCACCAAUUUCCCCCCACCCAACUCCACCUUCCAAUGGAAACUCAAAUAAAAAAGCCCACCUUUGGUGAUGAACAAUAAGACCAUCUGCCGCACCAACUGUGGUAGGUACUACUAAGCAUCAGCGGCGGCGCCACCCACCAGCAACGCCACCUCUCUGACAAGGAAAGGUUGUGUCAAAGGUAAGAAAAGUGAAACCACCCUCAGUUCCUCACCAUAACUCCCAGUGUUUGGAGUAUCUUCACAUCUAUACUGUCAUUUUUUUUUUUCACUCACUCGCAUGUUUUAAUGCUUGGUGUGAACUUUAAGCAUCCUUAGUUCUCCACCACCACCACUCCCUCUCCCUCACAUGCAUGUUGUCCCUUAGAGUGGACUUUAACCAGCAGAUGCUCCACCACCAUCACCCAACCAACCCCAUUUCUUAACCUUCUUCCCCCACCUUUUGAACUCUCUAAUGGAGAAUAUGACCCAUAUCAUCAGCUGCUGGUGCUGCUUGCUCUGUUUCUUCUUAACCUUUUCACCUACACUAGUCUCUUCUCUGUCUCCAGAUGGACAAGCCCUUCUCUCCCUUCUUACAUCUGCAGAUGUUUCUUCAACAUCUUCUUCAUCCAUUCUUUCUUCUUGGAACCCGUCACACGCCACACCUUGUACAUGGCAGGGCGUGACAUGCUCUCCACAAAAUAGAGUCAUCUCACUCUCUGUCCCAAACACAUUCCUUAACCUCUCUACACUCCCUUCACAGCUUUCUACGCUCUCAUCUCUUCAGCUUCUCAAUCUCUCCACCACCAAUGUAUCUGGUCCCAUCCCUCCCUCCUUCGGUCUCCUCGCCCACCUGGGCCUUCUUGACCUCUCCUCUAAUUCUCUCUCGGGCCCUAUUCCACCGGAGCUCGGCAUGCUCACGUCUCUUCAGUUUCUCUUUCUGAAUUCAAAUCGUUUCUCGGGUUUCAUUCCUCAGCAACUCGCGAACCUCUCGUCCCUCCAAGUCUUCUGUCUCCAAGACAAUAUCUUAAAUGGUUCCAUACCUUCGCAACUGGGCUCAGUGGUCUCCCUUCAAGAGUUUCGAAUAGGAGGGAACCCAUACCUGAGCGGCGAAAUACCUCCUCAGUUGGGAUUACUCACCAAUCUCACCACAUUCGGCGCUGCGGCAACUGCGCUCUCUGGUGUGAUACCCCCAACGUUUGGCAACUUGAUCAAUCUUCAGACAUUGGCUCUUUAUGAUACCGAGAUAUUUGGUUCGAUUCCGCCUGAACUGGGUUUGUGCUCGGAGCUCAGAAAUUUGUAUCUGCACAUGAACAAGCUCACUGGUUCAAUCCCACCUCAACUGGGCAAGUUGCAGAAGCUUACAAGCUUGCUUCUUUGGGGAAAUUCUAUUACCGGACCAAUCCCAGCUGAGCUCUCCAACUGUUCAUCUCUAGUAGUCCUUGACGCUUCUGCAAACGAUAUUUCUGGUGAAAUCCCAUCUGAUUUCGGGAAGCUAGUGGUUCUUGAACAACUUCAUUUAUCAGAUAAUUCAGUCACGGGUCCAAUUCCGUGGCAGUUGAGCAACUGUACCAGUCUAACUGCUCUUCAGCUUGAUAAGAACCAGUUAUCAGGGCCUAUUCCGUGGCAGGUUGGUAAUUUGAAAUUUUUGCAGAGUUUAUUCUUGUGGGGUAAUUUGGUUUCUGGAACUAUCCCUUCUUCUUUUGGAAAUUGCACUGAGCUUUAUGCUCUUGAUCUUUCGAGGAACAAACUCACUGGGUCGAUCCCAGAAGAGAUUUUUGGUUUGAAGAAGCUGAGCAAGCUUCUGCUUCUGGGGAAUUCAUUGUCAGAUGGGUUGCCUCGAAGCAUCUCAGAAUGCCAGUCUCUUGUAAGACUGAGGCUUGGAGAGAACCAGCUCUCAGGUCAGAUUCCUAAGGAAAUAGGUCAGUUGCAGAAUCUUGUCUUCCUUGACUUGUACACCAAUCACUUCUCUGGUGACCUUCCUAUUGAGAUUGCCAAUAUCACAGUUCUUGAGCUAUUGGAUGUGCACAACAACCACAUAACUGGAGAAAUCCCGUCUCAGUUGGGAGAGCUUAUAAAUUUGGAGCAGCUUGAUCUUAGUCGGAACAGGUUCACAGGUGAAAUUCCUCAGAGCUUCGGAAAUUUCAGUUACUUGAAUAAGCUAAUUCUCAACAAUAACUUACUCACUGGGUUGAUCCCCAAGUCUAUUCAGAACUUACAGAAACUAACGCUACUCGAUUUGAGCUUCAACAGCCUCUCUGGUCCAAUACCCCCGGAAAUUGGUUUUGUGACAAGCUUGACAAUUAGUUUGGACUUGAGCUCAAACAGGUUCACAGGAAAAAUCCCUGAAGAGAUGUCGGGUUUAACUCAGUUGCAGUCACUUGAUCUGUCCAAUAACAUGUUCUAUGGAGGAAUUGAAGUUCUGGGUCACUUAACCAGUCUCACUUCUCUGAAUAUUUCCUUUAACAAUUUCUCUGGUCCUAUCCCUGUAACCCCAUUCUUCAGGACUCUAUCUUCAAACUCAUACAUCCAGAAUCCAAAGCUCUGUGAAUCCUUUGAUGGGUCUACUUGUUCCUCAAGGAUGCUUCAACGAAGUGGUCUAAAGUCUGCCAAAACUGUAGCUGUCAUAUCUGUGACUCUGGCAUCGGUAACAAUGGCUAUUCUUGCAUCUUGGCUUCUUUUAUCCCGAAAUCGGAAGUACAUGUCUGAUGGGUCCUCAGAUUCAUCAGCCUCUUCAUCGGGUGCUGAAGAUUUCUCAUAUCCAUGGACUUUCAUCCCAUUUCAGAAGCUUAAUUUCAGUAUUGAAAACAUUCUCGAGUGUCUGAAAGAUGAGAAUGUGAUUGGGAAAGGUUGUUCGGGAAUUGUUUAUAGAGCUGAGAUGCCCAGUGGAGAAUUAAUAGCUGUGAAGAAGCUUUGGAAGACAAAGAAGGAAGAAGAAGCCGUGGAUUCUUUUGCCGCAGAAAUUCAAAUUCUUGGACACAUCCGCCAUCGAAACAUUGUCAAGCUUCUUGGUUACUGUUCAAAUAAAUGUGUUAAGCUCUUGCUUUAUAACUACAUCCCUACUGGGAACCUUCAACAGCUGUUACAGGGGAACAGGAACUUGGAUUGGGAAACCAGGUAUAAGAUUGCUGUAGGAUCUGCUCAGGGUCUUGCCUACCUUCAUCAUGAUUGUGUACCGGCGAUUCUUCACAGGGAUGUAAAGUGCAAUAAUAUACUUCUGGAUUCCAAGUUUGAGGCUUAUCUGGCAGAUUUUGGACUGGCCAAGCUGAUGAGCUCUCCCAGUUAUCACCACGCCAUGUCAAGAGUUGCAGGAUCCUAUGGAUAUAUUGCACCAGAGUAUGGCUACACCAUGAACAUAACAGAGAAGAGCGAUGUCUACAGCUAUGGGGUAGUCUUGCUGGAGAUCCUUAGUGGCCGUAGUGCAGUAGAGCCCCAGGUUGGUGAUGGGCUCCAUAUAGUUGAGUGGGUGAAGAAGAAAAUGGGGAGCUUUGAGCCCGCUAUAACCAUCUUGGAUUCAAAGCUCCAGGGAUUACCUGAUCAGAUGGUGCAAGAGAUGCUGCAAACACUAGGGAUUGCAAUGUUCUGUGUGAACUCAUCACCAUCAGAGCGACCCACCAUGAAGGAAGUGGUCGCAUUGUUGACAGAGGUGAAGAGCCCACCUGAAGAAUGGGGAAAAACUUCACAGCCUCUCAUAAAACAACCAUCAACCCCAAGUUGAAAGUUUCUCUCCUUGUUUAGUUCCCAGAAGUCUCUCAGUUAAGAUUUGUUUUCCUUAUCCAUGAGAAAGAAAAGAAUUGGAAUGGGUAGGAAAAGGUUGGAAGAAGUUCUAAUUGGAGCUAUUCUUUUUUAUGUGUUGAUGGUGGUCCUUGGUUAUCAUUUGUACAGAACUACAGAUUCCAAAAAAAAAAUGUUGGCUGGUUUUCUACAUGUUUUCAUCUAUUUUUUUCCCCUUAAUUUCUCUGGGUCCCAUUUAACUUCAUAUACAAAAUAGACUAAGCAUUGAUUAUUGAACCA